AUAUAGUCGGGAAAAACUAAUACUAUUCCAAAGUUAAGUUCACUUAUUGUGUUCAUCGAGCUAAAACUGGAAUUCUCAUAGUAUACAUAUAAUCAGUAUUAUCAAGAUUUACGGUUUUGAAAUUCCCAAGUCUAAAAAUUCAACGCUCUUCAGGAAUAACGACAGCCAUAGAGAGUCAUGAGAAAUCCAUAAUAUUUUUGUAUUUUACACAUUUUCAUUCAAUUUUUCGAAAACUCACAAAAUCGUUCAGUGUAUUAUUUUAUUUUUUUAUUUAUAAUUCCUUGCAAAAGUCUUAGUAUACUAUAAACAUUUAAAUAAAAAAAAAACAACAAUUGACAGCAAUGAUUCGCAAUCGUAGAAAACCGCAAGGUCGAAAACGCGCGGGCAAUCGCCGUAAAUUGUGUAGCAAACGAAGUCGCGAACGUCGAAGAAUCGAACGCGAACAGGAGAAAUUGCGCAAAAUGUCAUUGAGAUUUGGCAAAACGAUCGCGCCGAACUUUGGACGUGCUUUUGAAAAUAGCCAACGUCAACUCACGCGUCAUCCGUAUUUGAAUUAUUUGCGACACUUCAAAAGCAAGCAUCCACGCUACGGGUUCACGCGUAUCUUGCGUGAAGGCGCCAAAUCGUGGAAACGUCUGGCACCCCAGGAAAAGGCGAGCUUCUCGCAAAAGGAGGUGCUUAGAUCAUUACGUGAUGAAGAGAAGUUGCAGCGCGAUUUGAGAUUAUUACCAGACAGUACUUUACAGUUCGACUAUUGUCCACAGUCGCUUAGUGCCAGACGUAAUAUUGAACGAAAGUUACGCAAUCGUCAAAUGAUACCGCGAUCCGAGCAAGGAAGCGGAGAUCGAAGACCUGUUAGACCAAAUAUGUGCUGGAGUUUUUUAUGAGUUCUAUGAAAGGAAUCGUGUUGCAAUCAUUAUUUUCUUUAAAACUUCUAAAUUGCCUUUAUUUUAUAUUGAGUAUAUUUUAAAAUGUGUAUACUUAUUGUGCUGAAUCGCUAUUACUUAUGUAUUGGCAUUAUUUAAUGAUGGAGAGAGUUAGAAAAUAUUUAAUAAAUAUCGUAAACAUGUAA